UCGAGAUCGAGAGGCGGAGGCCGUCGCGACCGGAGAUCCACAAUCGGCGUCGUCACCGCCGCCGCAUCUUCCUCCAGCCCUCCGUUGGAGCGCACGAGACAUUCGGCCAUGGCGAUGCUUCGAUCUCCUGUUGGACUCGCUCUCCGGCAGUCGUCGCCGGCCGCGCGCUUCUGCGGCAAGGUCGGCCGCCGCAACCCAGCAUCCAACAUCACCACGACGCGGAAUUAUGAUGCUAGCAGGAGGUUUGAAUUCAGCAAGGAAGACUUUGCCGGCUGCACCGGUGUGGAAUUUAUGAUUGGUGCCUUUGCAUGCGGCAUAGCGCUUGUGUUUAGGCACUAUACGACUCCUCCCUACGAAAAGGAAUCGAGGGACAAUACGGCAAACUGUGAAACAAAAUCCACUUUUGAUACUUGUCAGCAUGGACAACAUGGACUAGAGAAAACGGAAUAGGGAGCAGCAUGUCUAGCUAGUCUAAUGUCCUACCUGUGUAAGUUCUUGACUGGGAGAUCCACCAUUUACUCUGUUUCGUUGUAUUAUACACAUGAGAAGAUACCUAAUGAAGAGAAUGAAGUCCCGUGUGGCCUUGUCAACUUUCUGUAUGUAUCUGUCUUCUCCACUUCUUUGACGAUGCCCUCUACUCUAGAUAUGACAAAAUAUGUAAUAAA